GUCAUCAAGCCUAAACAUCAAUGAGAUAAUCCCUUGGGGAAAGGAAACUUACAUUUUUAAGGAAUGUGGUAAAUCCUUCGACUGCCCCUCAACACUAUCUCAACAUCAGCGAAUGCAUACUGGAGAAAAAGUAUACAAAUGUGAAGAAGGCAAUCAAAGCUUUAAGGACUGUUCAUCAAUAAAUGGACAUUCGGAGAUCUAUUCUGGAGAGAAACCCUGCAAAUGUCAAGAAUGUGGCAAGGCUUUUAACGAUCACUCAAGUCUUAAUAGACAGCACCAAAUUCAUAUUGCAAGGAAAAAUUACAACUGUAAUGAAUGUGCCAGAGCCUUUACAUCAUGUUCAAAACUUAUUCAACAUCAGAGAAUUCAUACUGGAGAGAAACCUUACCAAUGUCAAAAAUGUGGCAAGGCCUUUAAACGCCUUUCACACCUUUCUCAACAUCAUAGAAUUCAUACUGGAAAGAAACCUUACCAAUGUCAGGAAUGUGGCAAGGCCUUUACCUGGAGGUCAAAUCUUUCUCGGCAUCACAAAAUUCAUACUGCAGAGAAAACUUACCAAUGUCAAGAAUGUGGCGAGGCCUUUAAGUGGAGGUCACAUCUUUAUCAACAUCACAAUAUUCAUAAUGGAGAGAAAACUUACCAAUGCCAAGAAUGUGGCAAGGCCUUUAACUGGAGGUCAGGUCUUGCUGAGCAUAAAAGAAUUCAUUGUGGAGAAAAUCCUUACCAAUGUGAAGAAUGUGGCAAGCCCUUUAAGGACAGCACAACUCUUAUUGAACAUUACAGAACUCAUACUGGACAGAAACCUUACCGAUGUCAAAAAUGUGGCAAAAGCUUUAAUUGGAAGUCAUCCCUUAUUCAACAUUACAGAUCUCAUACUGGAGAAAAACCUUACCAAUGUCAAAAAUGUGGCAAGUCCUUUAACCGGAGGUCAUCCCUUAUUAAACAUCACCGAAUUCAUACUGGAGAAAAACCUUACCAAUGUCAAAAAUGUGGCAAGGCCUUUUGUUACAGGUCAUCCCUUACUCAGCAUCAUAGAACUCAUACUGGAGAGAAACCUUACCAAUGUCAAGAAUGUGGUAAGGCCUAUGCCAUCCCUUCACAACUUACUAAACAUCACAGAAUUCAUAGUGUAGAGAAACCGUACCAAUGUCAUGAAUGUGGCAUGGCCUUUCUCCACAGCUCAGCCCUUAUACGACAUCACAUAAUUCAUAGUGGAGAGAAACCUUACCAAUGUCAUGAAUGUGGCAAGAGCUUUAAACGGAGUUCAUACCUUAUUCAACAUCACAGAACUCAUACUGGAGAGAAACCUUACCAAUGUCGGGAAUGUGGCAAGGCCUUUACCUGGAGGUCAGGUCUUACUCAGCAUUACAGAACUCAUUGUGGAGAAUAAUCUUACCAAUGUGAAGAAUGUGGCAAGCCCUUUAGGGACAGCUCAACUCUUAAUGAGCAUUACAGAACUCAUACUGGAGAGGAUCCUUACCAAUGUCAAGAAUGUGGCAAGGCCUUCAAGGUGAACUCACACCUCAGUUGACAUAGCAGAACUCAUACUAGAGCGUAACCCUAUAAAUUCCAAAAAUGUGGCAAGGCCUCUAACUGGUGCUCAAGGCUUAGUCAGCAUCAGAGAAUUCAUAAUGGAAAGACAUCUUACCAAUAUCAAGACUGCGGCAAGACCUUUAACCACAGCUCAGGCCUUACUCUACAUUACAGAAUUCAUACUGGAGAGAAACCUGGCAAAUGUCAUGAAUGUGGCAAGGCCUUUAACCAAAGAUCAAGUGUUACUGAGCAUCAGAGAGUUCAUCCUGGAGAGGAACCUUACCAACGUCAAGAAUAUUG